GCCCUCCUAUGGAGGUCUCACGUGCGCCCGGGGAUCCCUUCCUUCAAUCACACCUCCAUCUUUCAUCUUGCCGCUCUUAGCUGGGAGUGCUCCGCCUACUAACUUUUCUUAAGGAGUCUAGUUGAAUCCUGACUUCUUCCCCGAAAUCACGUCCCUAGACAGCCUCCUAUUUUACCACUAACUUUUCUACCGCAGUUAUUCAGCGGUAGGAAACUGAAACCAAAACCAGCGGAAGCAAACAUCUAAACUGUUUCGGGCGACGCGCAGAAGAAACGCAGCAGUGUGUCCCGGAAGCGGAAGUAGAUCCUCCUCUAGAGAGGCUGGACUACGCGGAAUGGUGACGUUUCCUCAUUGGGCGGAAGGUUCGGUGGCACUCGUCGGUCUUCCAGCUGGUGGGAGUUAGCGACGCGGUGCUGGGCGUUGGGACCCUAGUUUAUCUAGUUCGGGAAGUUGGUGUGGGGUGGUACGUGUCUGUUUGCUCCCGGCUUUUUUGAGUUUCUUCCCACGGCGUGGGGCCUCGCUAAGGAAUUCCUGGCCCCUUAGGGCCACGGCGUUAGCGGUGUCUUUUGCGAGUACAAUGCAAAAGCAUCUUCAAGCCUUCCUUCCAGAUUACUCCCUUUAAUCCCAUCUAUUUGGAAAUCCUGGACCGGCCACAGGAUUACAAGUUCUUUGUAGGUACAUCUUAAAGCUGUCAAGAUGGUUCUAGCAGACCUUGGAAGAAAAAUAACAUCAGCAUUACGCUCAUUGAGCAAUGCCACCAUUAUUAAUGAAGAGGUAUUGAAUGCUAUGCUAAAAGAAGUCUGUACUGCUUUGUUGGAAGCAGAUGUUAAUAUUAAACUAGUGAAGCAACUAAGAGAAAAUGUUAAGUCUGCUAUUGAUCUUGAAGAGAUGGCAUCUGGUCUUAACAAAAGAAAAAUGAUUCAGCAUGCUGUAUUUAAAGAACUCGUGAAGCUUGUAGACCCUGGAGUUAAAGCAUGGACACCCACUAAAGGAAAACAAAAUGUGAUCAUGUUUGUUGGAUUGCAAGGGAGUGGUAAAACAACAACAUGUUCAAAGUUAGCAUAUUAUUACCAGAGGAAAGGUUGGAAGACCUGUUUAAUAUGUGCAGACACAUUCAGAGCAGGGGCUUUUGACCAACUAAAACAGAAUGCUACCAAAGCAAGAAUUCCUUUUUAUGGAAGCUAUACAGAAAUGGAUCCUGUUAUCAUUGCUUCUGAAGGAGUAGAGAAAUUUAAAAAUGAAAAUUUUGAAAUUAUUAUUGUUGAUACAAGUGGCCGCCACAAACAAGAAGACUCUUUGUUUGAAGAAAUGCUUCAAGUUGCUAAUGCUAUACAACCUGACAACAUUGUUUAUGUGAUGGAUGCCUCCAUUGGGCAGGCUUGUGAAGCCCAGGCUAAGGCUUUUAAAGAUAAAGUAGACGUAGCCUCAGUAAUAGUGACAAAACUUGAUGGCCAUGCAAAAGGAGGUGGUGCGCUCAGUGCAGUUGCUGCCACAAAAAGUCCUAUUAUUUUCAUUGGUACAGGGGAACAUAUAGAUGACUUCGAACCUUUCAAAACACAGCCUUUUAUUAGCAAACUUCUUGGUAUGGGUGACAUUGAAGGACUGAUAGAUAAAGUCAACGAGUUGAAGCUGGAUGACAAUGAAGCACUUAUAGAGAAGUUGAAACAUGGUCAGUUUACGUUGCGAGACAUGUAUGAGCAAUUUCAAAAUAUCAUGAAAAUGGGCCCCUUCAGUCAGAUCUUGGGGAUGAUCCCUGGUUUUGGAACAGAUUUUAUGAGCAAAGGAAAUGAACAGGAGUCAAUGGCAAGGCUAAAGAAAUUAAUGACAAUAAUGGAUAGUAUGAAUGAUCAAGAACUAGACAGUACGGAUGGUGCCAAAGUUUUUAGUAAACAACCAGGAAGAAUCCAAAGAGUAGCAAGAGGAUCAGGUGUAUCAACAAGAGAUGUUCAAGAACUAUUGACUCAAUAUACCAAGUUUGCACAGAUGGUAAAAAAGAUGGGAGGUAUCAAAGGACUUUUCAAAGGUGGCGACAUGUCUAAGAAUGUGAGCCAGUCACAGAUGGCAAAAUUGAACCAACAAAUGGCCAAAAUGAUGGAUCCUAGAGUUCUUCAUCACAUGGGUGGUAUGGCAGGACUUCAAUCAAUGAUGAGGCAGUUUCAACAGGGUGCUGCUGGCAACAUGAAAGGCAUGAUGGGAUUCAAUAAUAUGUAAAGAAAAUGCCUUAAUAUAAACUGACUCAGUUGAAUACCUAAUUUGCUGAAACCUCAAAGAGUUUCCCUUCUUUUUGAAAAUUGGGGGGAAAAUGUAUUUUUCUUGCCUAUCAUGCCCUCUUCUCACCGCAUUUCCCCCUCCUUUCCUUUUUCCUUCCUUCUUUCUUCCCUUUAAUAUAAGGGAGAAAUAUAUGGUUUUUGUGGAAAUCAUUAUAUUUUUGCUUUAGAUUUUUCUUCUGUUUUCACCAUCAUAACACAACAAAUCAUGAUGUAAAAUUUUAGUACUUAAAGGUUUUUAAUUGGCUCGAAGGCCAAGCAUUAAAUUUGUAAAUGGUCCUGGUCAGUAGUUAAAUAAUGUUUUAAUUAAAGUGCUGUAAAAUAAACUUCAAAGUGGUUAUAAGUUAAAA